GACCGGCCUUCAUCGAUCACCAAAUUCUUUGCCAUGGCCGAAAUCCACACCCGCUUGCUGACGGAAAAGUUGAUAAAACCAUCAACUCCGACGCCGGAGAAUCUCAACCGCCUCAGCCUCUCCCUUUUAGAUAACCUCUCUCCUUCAACAUACAUAAAUAUCAUCUACUACUACAACCCCAUCAUCAAUCAACCAACGCCGCACGACCACCAAACACGUCUCCACCUCCAAAAAUCACUGGCCGACACCUUAACCGCGUUCUAUCCGCUCGCCGGAAGAUAUGACAGAGACGACCGUUCAGUCAAGUGCGACGACCAAGGCGUUGGAUACGCAGAAGUGGAAGUGGAAGGGUGCAGGAUCGUUGACUUUCUCGAUCAUCUUCACGGUCAACGGCCUUGUUUGGACCAAUAUAUACUAUUGCCUCAUCUGGGCGUAGCAGGCCCGUUCCCCGACGGCGGCUGCGGUGAUUUGGCCGGGAAUAGUAGUACUCCGUUGGUGGCGAUCCAGGUUAACUUAUUCAAGUGCGGCGGGGCGGCGAUUGGGGUUUGUGUUUGGCAUAAGAUUGCAGAUAGUCACACCACAAUCGAGUUUAUAAAUGCAUGGGUGGGCCGUUCCAAACAUUUUAUUGGGGCUAAAGGCAAUUUGCAGAUCACCGGAGACGAUAAAGUGGAGCUGCAACGGUUGAGUUUCAACGGGGGAUCUUUCUUCCCCGUAAAGAACUUUCCGGUUGAAAUGCCGCCGCUAGGGCACGACAUGGAAGUUGUGACGAGAAGAUUUGUUUUAAAUGCGCGGGACGUAUCGUCUAUGAGAACCGAGUUCAAGGAGUAUAUUUCCAAGGUGAAUGGCGGCGGAGCUAGUGUGAGAACACCGUCGCGAGUGACUCUCGUGACGGCGGUUUUCUGGAAGGCGUUGAUCGGAGCCACGGCGGCGAUUAGGCACACGCGCUUGAGACCUUCCCUCUUAUCUCCGGCGAUGAAUCUGCGCGGGAGAACAUCUUUUCCCGCCAUCUCCAACGACUCUUCCGGAAACUUCUGGACUCCAUUCGUAGCUCAUUUCAAGCCUGCAGCAAACAACGAGGAUAAUAAUAAAGCCACGCUUACGUGGCAGGAUCUGGUGGGUCCCAUCACGGACGCCAUGCAAACCAUGCUCAACCUUGUUCAGCACGGCAGCGGCGAUGAGAUCUCGCUGGCGGCCAUUAAAGCGUUCAAGGAGGUGCAGGAAACCAUGGCGGCAGGCGGGCAUGGAGGAGAAGAAGUGGACGCCUUCAUUUGCUCGAGCUGGUGCAGAUUUGCGCUGUACGAGGCGGAUUUCGGGUGGGGAAAGCCGGCAUGCGUCAGCGUCGAUAAUCGCUCUGAAAUGUUCGUCUUGAUGGAUAGCAGCGGCGGUGAUGAGGGCAUAGACGUUUGGGUGUCCAUGGAUGAAGACAAAAUGCAACUACUUGAACAAGACCCUCAUAUUAUAGCCUUCACUUCCACUUAAUAAUUCUCCCCUGCAUAUAUAUAUAAUUAUUUCUACUCAGAUACGAACCAGCCUUAACCUACGAAUCCACUCCCAGAUAUGCCGCCUGGAGAGACCAAUCUUGCUGAAUCUGCGAACUACUGAAAGACAUCGCAACUCCUAGAAAGACAUCACGACUCCUAGACGACAUGCCUCGAGAGACACCGCAACGAAUGCCUAGAUCCGUGCAAUUGCAUCCAAUGCAGUGUAAUUAUAUAAUAGUUGUGCAAUUCUUCUGUAGUUUGUAAAUUCGCACAUGUACAAUUAUGUGAAAUUAUGUAGUAAUUGCAGUGCAAUCUUUUAGUAGUUCACAAGUUCACACAUUAAGGCCUAUUUGUACCUGAUUAUAGACCUUUAUAUAAUUAUUACUAUUAUUAACCUUU